GAAAAUUCUUGAAUUCAAUAAACAAAUUUCUUUUUUUUUUUUUAACAUUAAAAGAUGGCCUCCAAACUUGAUCAAGCACUCGAUGAUGUCAUCAGAGAAAGGAAAAGAGAGAGAACUCAUAACAAAAGACAUACAAACUUUUCUUCCUCAAGACGUGGUCCUAUUCGUAAACGAUCAAAUAAUAAUGGUCCUACAACUCGAUCCUUUAUUCGUACUAUUGAAGUAGAUAACAAAAAAGGUAUCGAUGGACAAUGGGCUCAUGACAUGUUUGAUGAAGACACAUUGGAUCGUCGUGCCGAUAUUUUCUCUCGUUUAGGAACUACUAAAAACCGAUCACCACGUGGUAUUGAGAUUAGUAUUGAUAACCUACAUUAUAAUGUGACAGAAAAAGAUGUAGAAGAAUUGUUUUCGACAAUUGGUAAAGUCCUUAGAGCUCGUCUCUUUUAUGAUCCCUCAGGUCGUUCAACAGGUUCUGCAGUAGUUAAAUAUGAAACUCAACAAGAUGCUGAAAAGGCUAUUGAAAAAUACAACAAUGUUGAACUUGAUGGACAACCUAUGCGUAUUCAACUUCGAGAAUAUACGCCACGUAAUAAACCUCGUGAAGGAGGAAGUCGUCGUUAUGAAAGUAAUAGAGGAAGUCGUGGUCGUCGUCACUACCAAGAUAAUCGUAAUAGACGUACAACAAGAGAAGCCAAGACUUCAGAAGAAUUAGAUAAAGAAAUGGAAUCAUACAUGAAAUCAAAUGAUGAUAAUACAGAUGCCAUGAUGUUGGAUUAAGUAUUUGUUAUAUAUAUAUUUAUAUAUAAUGUCGAUAAUAAAAUUUGAUCUAGUAUAUCUUUGUUUAUAUCUUGCACAAGAACCCUUAUUAUUACAAUGAAAAUGAUUCAGUUAUUAUAUAAAGACAAUCCUUGAAGUACUAUUAAAAGCCAAAUAUUA